CCCGGCCUCCCGCCCGGCUGGGCCCUCCUCGGUCGUGGCUGCUGCUCCACCAUGGCUCCCAAAGGCGGCUCCAAGCAGCAGUCCGAAGAGGACCUGCUCCUGCAGGACUUCAGUCGCAACCUCUCGGCCAAGUCCUCCGCGCUCUUCUUUGGGAACGCCUUCAUCGUGUCCGCCAUCCCCAUCUGGUUAUACUGGCGAAUAUGGCACAUGGAUCUUAUUCAGUCUGCUGUUCUGUACAGCGUGAUGACCCUAGUAAGCACUUAUUUGGUAGCCUUUGCUUACAAAAAUGUGAAAUUUGUUCUCAAGCACAAAGUAGCACAGAAGAGGGAAGAUGCUGUUUCCAAAGAAGUGACACGGAAACUUUCUGAAGCUGAUAAUAGAAAGAUGUCUCGGAAGGAGAAAGAUGAAAGAAUCUUGUGGAAGAAGAAUGAAGUUGCUGAUUACGAAGCCACAACAUUUUCCAUCUUCUAUAACAACACCCUGUUCCUGGUCCUGGUCAUUGUUGCAUCUUUCUUUAUAUUGAAGAACUUCAACCCCACAGUAAACUAUAUUCUCUCCAUAAGUGCUUCAUCAGGUCUCAUCGCCCUUCUGUCUACUGGCUCCAAGUAGACCAUGUCAGCUUCACCCCUGGCUUUGUAUCUACGGGUGGCCUGUGGUACAUGGAAAAGUAGCUGGGUGGCCGGGGUGGGAGACACAGAAGAUGUUUUUAUAGUCUGAAGCUUGAGGGUUUGAAAGACCUAACAAAAUGUAAUUCAAUAUUUGUUUAUUGGCUCUUUUUUGACAGACUGUUGAAAUUACAUGAAUUGGAAGGGAAACUCGGAGUACCAGGACAUUUAUUAAAAGGCAAUAUGUGUCUUAUAAUGUGCUAUAAUCACAAGAGAAGAAAAUAACUUGUUUCCUUGAUCUGUCAGAGGUCACAGUAACCUGGACUGAACUGUUAGUAUUUGUUAUAGUAGCAAGAAGUUAAUAGCUGGUUCUGUGUGUUCCAAGCACAAUAUUACAACUUUUUUGGAACCAUAAAUAUCAGAAUGAAUCCUCUUCCCUCCACUUUCCCCAGGUUGGGGGGUGGGAUUGAACUGCAUGUUUACAAGUCUCUGAAUUUGUGAUUUGAAGUAUCUCAAUUAAAGUUAAAAACAUGGUUUUUCCAAUCUGGGGGAAGAGAAA